AUGAGGCGGCCAGCGCGCAGGCGCGGGGCGGGGCCAGGCCGGGCUAGGUCAGCGCGCGUGCGCCCGCCAAGCUGCGGGACAAAGGGGAGGGACCCGCGCGGCCCCGCCCCCGAGUGCCCCGCCCCGAGCGGCUGGGCGUGUGGCUCCCGCGACCCGCGCGGCCCGGGUCCCCCCGCCGCAGCCAUGUACCCCGCGGGCCCCCCGGCCGGCCCGGUACCGCGCCGCGCCCGCCGUCCCCUGCCCGGGCCCCCCGCGCCCUCCCCAGCCCCCGUCCCCGCUGCACGGCCGCCGCCCCCCGCGCCCGGGCCGCGGCCCCGCGUGGCCGUGAAGAUGGCCUUCCGCAAGGCCUACUCCAUCAAGGACAAGCUGCAGGCCAUCGAGCGCGUCAAGGGCGGCGAGCGGCAGGCCAGUGUGUGCCGCGACUUCGGCGUGCCGGGCGGGACGCUACGCGGCUGGCUCAAGGACGAGCCCAAGCUGCGCUGGUUCCUGGAGCAGCUGGGCGGUGAGGUGGGCACUCAGCGCAAGAAGAUGCGGCUGGCCAACGAGGAGGAGAUCGACCGCGCCGUGUACGCCUGGUUCCUGGCGCUGCGCCAGCACGGGGUGCCGCUGUCUGGCCCGCUCAUCCAGGCGCAGGCCGAGGCCUUCGCGCGCCAGAUCUACGGGCCCGAGUGCACCUUCAAGGCCAGCCACGGCUGGUUCUGGCGCUGGCAGAAGCGCCACGGCAUCUCCAGCCAGCGCUUCUACGGCGAGGCCGGGCCCCCAGCCCCGGGCCCCGCGCCCGGCCCGCCCGUCAAGGAGGAGCCCGCGCUGCCCUCCGGCGCCGGCCCCCUGCCCGACCGCGCCCCGGCCCCGCCGCCCCCGGCCGAGGGCGGCUACGGGGACGAGCAGAUUUACAGCGCCAGCGUCACCGGCCUCUACUGGAAGCUGCUUCCGGAGCAGGCUGCGCCCCCGGGCGCAGGGGACCCCGGGGCGGGGAGCUGUGGCCGGCGCUGGCGGGGCGACCGCGUAACAGUGCUGCUGGCCGCCAACCUGACCGGCAGCCACAAGCUGAAGCCGCUGGUCAUCGGGCGGCUGCCGGACCCGCCCAGCCUGCGCCACCACAACCAGGACAAGUUCCCGGCCUCCUACCGCUACAGCCCCGACGCCUGGCUCAGCCGCCCGCUGCUGCGGGGCUGGUUCUUUGAGGAAUUUGUCCCAGGCGUCAAACGCUACCUGCGCCGAAGCUGCCUGCAGCAGAAGGCCGUGCUGCUGGUGGCCCACCCGCCCUGCCCAAGCCCAGCUGCCAGUAUGCCCGCCCUGGAGGACAGCGAGGAUGCCCCCGUGCGGUGCAGGCCGGAGCCCCUCGGUCCCCCGGAGGAGCUGCAGACACCGGAUGGCGCUGUGCGGGUGCUGUUCCUGUCCAAAGGCAGCAGCCGGGCACAUAUCCCCGCACCGCUGGAGCAGGGCGUGGUGGCCGCCUUCAAACAGCUGUACAAGCGCGAGCUGCUGCGACUGGCUGUGUCCUGCGCCAGCGGCUCCCCGCUGGACUUCAUGCGCAGCUUCAUGCUCAAGGACAUGCUCUACCUGGCUGGCCUCUCCUGGGACCUGGUGCAGGCGGGCAGCAUUGAGCGCUGUUGGCUGCUGGGCCUGCGGGCCGCCUUCGAGCCCCGGCCCGGCGAGGACAGUGCUGGGCAGCCGGCCCAGGCCGAGGAAGCCGCGGAGCACAGCAGGGUGCUCAGCGACCUCACCCACCUGGCGGCUCUGGCCUACAAGUGCCUGGCUCCGGAGGAGGUUGCGGAGUGGCUGCACCUGGACGAUGAUGGGGGUCCGCCCGAGGGCUGCAGGGAGGAGGUGGGCCCAGCCCUGCCCCCUGCAGCGCCUCCGGCCCCAGCCAGUCUGCCCUCUGCCAUUGGGGGCGGAGAGGACGAGGAGGAGGCCACCGAGUAUGGAGGGACCUCAGUGCCGACUGCCGGGGAGGCCGUGCGAGGGCUAGAAACAGCUCUGCGGUGGCUGGAGAACCAGGACCCCAGAGAGGUGGGGCCACUGAGGCUGGUGCAGUUGCGCUCACUCAUCAGCAUGGCCCGGAGGCUGGGGGGCAUCGGGCAUACCCCAGCAGGCCCAUAUGACGGUGUGUGACCAGGCCAGCCCAGUGACCUUUCUCCUGCUGCACUUGGAGGGAGGGGACACACACACAGUCUCCCAUCUCUCCUCCCCUCCCCCUGGGGUGGCCCACCCCAUGGGUACAGGGGGUUCCAGGAAUCCAAAUCCAGCAUGGCUUGGAGGAGCUCUGUUGGUGAGAGGUUGCCCUGCCUCACUGGCACCCUGGGGGCACAGCUGGAAGAGAGGCCCGGCCCAUGCUCCUCUCAGGGCAGGCACAUGUGCGGGGCGUACAAGGCACAGCGCCUGUUGGAACAGGUGGCUGUGUUCCUGCUCUGGCCCCCGUGGGGCUGGGCCUCCGCCCCUGCACCAGUCACAUGCACUGGACGAGGCCGAAACUCCUGUCUGCUAUGGAGCCCUGGUGCUAUGUGGCCCCGGAGCCACAGCACAAUCAUCUCAGUGGCGAAGCACACCACUUGAUUCUAUUUUUUUUAACACAUUAAAUCUGUUUUUAAAGAUA